CUUUUCGGAAACUACAAGAAAAAAAAAAUUUUUUAAAUCCACAUUAAACGUCGGUGUAUUAAAAUUAUUAAUAUCGCAAUAAUGAUUAAAGAAUAAACAAAGUGUUAUAUUCGUUAUCUUAUCUUUGUUCCAUACGGUGGUGGUGAGUUACCUCUUAUAAUUAACAAAAAACAGUCGGAAUUGGUAGUGGUGGGUUAUCAUCAUACAAUACCAUCCAAAAGUAUUGACCUGUCAAACUCAAAACGUGCAGUUUGAGAAGAUAAGAACGACACCUAAAGAGCGAGAUUUUUGUAGUGUUUUUUCGGUAUUCGUGGUCCUCGUAUAAAACGUUAACGACCGGACGGUCAAAUUUAGAAUCGAACGACCGACCCCUCCGACUUUUCCCCCCAGAACAUUAUUUUGCAAAUUAUGACUUGCAACUCGUCCCGUUAAAAUCCCUGAGUUGUUAUCAACUAUCUCGCAUUUAUCGUGCAACCAAACCCGCCCGAAAUCCACGUGUAAUAACAUAAGAAAACGCUGAAACAAUCAUUUUCAUUGCACUGUACAGGUUAUAUCAAAAAGUACUUGCUAUAUUUGGAGAUUAUUUAAAAUGACGAGUGUUACGGAAGAAGAUUACCCAUUCGAGGGUUUAAUGCCUAAGCGGGAAACUGGAGUCUCAUCUUUUUUAACAAAAUAUCCCGAGUAUGAUGGAAGAGGUACUAUUAUAGCUAUUUUCGAUUCUGGUGUUGAUCCAGGUGCACCAGGAAUGCAAAAAACUACCGAAGGCAAAACAAAAAUACUUGAAAGAUUCGACUGUAGUGGUUGCGGCGAUGUAGAUACUUCAAUGAUUGUCCAAGCCAAAGAAGGUCACAUAAUCGGUUUGUCCGGUAAAAAACUAAAAAUUCCUGACACUUGGAAAAAUCCCACCAACAAUUACCGCGUGGGUAUAAAACGUAUAUUUGACUUGUACCCCGAGCGAUUGAGGGAACGCUACCAAGAAGAAAACAAAGAAAAAAAUUGGGAGAAUGAACACAAGAUACAUCUGGCGAAAGCAAACCGAACUUUAUCAAAGUUUGAUUCAACCGCUACUUUAUCGGAAUCAAAAAAAUUGUUUAAGGAGGACUGCGAAAAUACAGUUGAGAUGUUAACCAACUUUGAUAAAAAAUACACUGAUUAUGGACCCAUUUUGGAUUGCGUUUUGUUCCAUGAUGGGGCGAAAUGGGUUGCUUGUGUUGAUACGACCGAAAAAGGAGAUCUUGGAAAGUGUGAAUUACUCGGGGAGUACAGUGUCACUCACGAAUACGCCACUUUAACAGAUACAGAUAUGUUAAAUUAUAGUAUUAACGUUCAUGAUGGAGGAAAUGUUCUAGAACUAGUCGGUUUAUGCUCUAGUCAUGGGACGCAUGUAGCAUCAAUUGCUUCCGCUUAUUUUCCCGAUCAACCAAAACUCAACGGUGUUGCGCCUGGUGCUCAAAUAGUUUCAUUAACAAUAGGUGAUGGACGGCUGGGUUCCAUGGAAACUGGUACAGCUUUAGUUCGUGCUAUGAUUAAGGUUAUGGAGUUACAAAAAACUUACCCUAUUCAUGUGAUAAAUAUGAGUUAUGGUGAACAUGCACAUUGGUCGAAUGCUGGCCGUAUCGGUGAAUUAAUGAAUGAGGUAGUAAACAAAUACGGUGUGGUUUGGGUGGCAUCGGCCGGAAAUCACGGUCCUGCGUUAAGUACGGUUGGAACACCACCGGAUAUUAGCCAAGAAACGGUUAUAGGUGUCGGGGCAUACGUUUCCCCGGAAAUGAUGAUAGCUGAAUAUUCGAUGAUGCAAAAACUCCCUGGGAUGCCAUAUACUUGGUCGUCGCGUGGUCCAACCAUCGAUGGUGGUUGUGGUGUUACAGUGUGCGCCCCAGGUGGCGCUAUCACUUCAGUUCCAAACUUCACCUUACGUAAUUGUCAAUUGUUUAAUGGUACCUCGAUGGCUUCGCCUCAUGUAGCUGGAGCGGUGGCCGUUUUAAUUUCCGGUUUGAUUCAAAAAAAUGUUCCUUAUUCGCCGUAUUGUGUGAAACGGGCUUUGGAAAAUUCGGCGACUAAGUUGGAUGAUGUCGAACCGUUCGCGCAAGGCCAUGGAUUGUUGAACGUUGAGAAAGCUUUCGAAUUAUUACAGAUGUUUAAAAAUGCUCAAGAAAGAGACGUUCGAUUUCAUAUAACAUGUAGCGGCGUUGGUGCUAAAGGGAUUUAUAUAAGAAAUAAAUUAAAUACGAAGAUUCAUACGUGUGCUGUAAACGUUGAACCGAAUUUUAAACACACAACAAAUACAGUUGAAAACGUUUCUUCCAAAUUAACGUUUAAUAUGAGAUUAAGUUUUGUUUGUGACGCAUCCUACAUCACAUAUCCGCCUCAUUUAGAUUUAUCAAACGGACCUAGAGGGUUCAUUGUAAAAGUUGAUACUUCCGGAUUAGCACCUGGUGUUCAUAGAACGAUGAUUGAAGCUUACGACGUUACGUGUGUACAAAAAGGUCCGAUAUUUCAUAUUCCCGUCACUAUUAUUCAACCGGUCGAUAUCCCGAAACCAAAGUAUACGUUGGAAUAUAAAAAAUUAUUCAAACCAAACACGAUCCAUCGACAAUUUUUCACCGUUCCGGAUUUAGCCACCUGGGCCGUUUUAAGAUUGAGAACUUGCGAAACUGAAGCUAUGGGGAGCUUCGUUAUACAUUGUAUGCAAAUCUUGCCAAAACAAAGCUGUAAAAGCUUAGAAAUUAAUCGACAAUGCGUCGUCACGUGUACGAGCGAUUGUGUUCAUAGCUUUCCCGUUCGCGGCGGGAUCAUGCUCGAAGUUGUUGUCGCUAAAUAUUGGGCUAGUCUUGGCGAGGUGAACGUUGAUUAUUCCAUUUCUUUUCAUGGCAUAAAACCAUCCCAACCUUCCAUUGUUAUGCAAGCCGCCGAUGGUAUUCAUAUGCUUGAUGUUACUACCAUGCAAGGCGAAGAAGUUUUACCAACUAUUACUUUAAAAAAUUCCGUUCAAAUAUUAAGACCAUCUGAUUCUAAAAUAGCACCAUUAACAGACCGCGAUAUAAUCCCACCAAGUAGACAAAUUUACGAAUUAUGUUUAACUUAUCCCUUUCACAUAACAAAAGCAACCGAGGUAUCUCCAAAUAGUCCGUUAUUAAGCGACGUUUUAUAUGAAUCGGAAUUUGAGUCUCAACUUUGGAUGCUAUACGAUAAUAAUAAACAAUAUUUGGGCUCCGGCGAUGCGUAUCCAUCAAAAUACACCAUAAAAUUGUCCAAAGGCGAUUACGUAAUAAAAAUGCACAUUCGCCACGACAAAAAGGAGUAUUUAGAAAAGUUAUCAGAAACACCGUUGCUGUUAAAUCAAAAACUUAGCGCGAAUAUUAUUUUGGACGUUUACGGCAGCCACACUCAAGCGGUUAUUGGCGGAAAAAAAGCUGUUUCUGGGCACACGAUGCAAUCGUCGACUAUACCGCUGUAUAUAGCACCCUUAGCGUCAGAUAAAUAUGUCGCUAAAAGUAAUAAUCCGGCGCAAUAUUUAACGGGAAUUAUAACGUACGCUAAAGAUGAAUUAGGCAAAAAAGCGGACACAUAUCCUUUCAAAUAUAUUUUAUUUGAAACGGGGAAAAGAUCUUCGAAUGAUAAAAAUGUCGAUAAGGAUAAAUCGAAACAAGAUGAAUAUCACGACGCGGAAAGAGAUUUAAAAAUAUUAUGGUUAUCCAAAUUUGGUAAAAAUUUUUUAUAUAGUAUUAUUUUAAAUAUUAAUUAUUUAUUUUUAGAAACAAGCUCUGCAACCGACGAAUUUUAUUUGGAUUUAUGCAAAGAGUAUCCGGAUAGUUUAGAAGUACAUUCAUCGUAUUUACAAUGUAUUGAUCCAUUUGAACCAAAGAAACAACUUCCGUUUGUGUAUAAACCACAAUCGCAUAUGGUUAGCAAAUCGAGUGUUCGUAAAUAUAUUGAAGUGUGCAAUAAAAUUUUAAGUUCAGUUGAUCAAGAGAAAAUACUUGCUCAUUUUGCGAUAAAAAUUGAUCAACGACCGGACGCCGGUCAGAUUCGACAACAAAUGGAACGCCAAAAAAAUAUUUUAAUAGAAGCGUUGUGUAGAAAAGGAAUGUAUUUGUGUUUAUUUAGUGAUUUGAAAGAUUCAAUGCAAUCCGACGGUGACGACGUUUCUCCCGAAGAAAUUGUUGAUGUUUGGCAAAAUUUACAAAAAUUUGUUGAUCCCACCGAUAGUAAAAUUACAAACAUGUACGUUUUGUAUUUUGGUUUAUGGCAUGCGUGUUAUCACAAACAUUAUGGGCGAAUGAUAAAAUACCUAACUCGAAUUCAAGAAGAAAAAUCUUUAGAAGAAAUUGAAGAAAAAAUUAUUGAAGUUUGUCAUGUGUUAGAGUGGAACCAUGUAGUGUUAUAUCUUGAACGAGGAAUUUUAUCAAAGUUCCCAUUGGCGUAUAAGCCAUUUUAAAGAAAAUUUAAAAAAUAACUACGUACCUUAAUGUACCUUAAUUAACCACUGUGGAUUUUGCGAAUUACGAAUCGUUUCGAAAAUGUUCACUUUUUUUUUUGGCCGUUCUCGUGUUCAAUAAAACUUAAAUAAAAAAAAUAAAAUAAUUAUAUAUGAACCGUUUCCGUUCAUAUAAUUCAUUACGACGAGCAUUUUUUACGUUAACAUUUUUUAAAAGUGCCUUCAUUCAUUCACCUGCAAACAGUUCUCAUUGCCAAAUUGUUUCUCUUCUUGCAAAUUUAAAAAUGAUAAAUUAAAAAAAUAAAAACAAAGCUUCGUUUUCAGUAAA